AUUUCUGAACGUUAGUUUGUUUUGUUUCCCGAUUUGUGAUUCUUGCGCUCUGAUUCUAGUUGCUUUUAACUGUUUGUAACGUCUAUUUCUUCAUCACUAAUUUCCAAAAUGAGUCGCCGCAAACGUGUGAAGGUCGACAACCGGGAUUUGGAUGAGAAAUUAAAACAAGAUGAUUCUGAGUCUGAUCAAUCUGAAAAGAGUAAAAUCACGUCUAUUAGUCCAACUACUGUCAGCAGUAGAAGAGAGUCUACCUCAAGCCGCAAUACAGACGGGAAAGAAUCCAAGAAAGAUGAGAAACCGACGAUUAUAUUGGACGAAACCAAAAGUGAAGAUAUUGAGGAGGUUAAUUACAAGGAAAUGCUUAAUAGUUUGGAAGGAGCAGCAUUCCAAUCAAGGCUGCCGUUUGACAAAAUGUCUUCACUGGAAGCUGAGUGCUUCUCAGAUCUGCAGGGUGCCUGCAGCCACGCAUUUGUUCAAAUCCGGAACAGAAUCCUGAAGAUGUGGUUUGAAGACCCCAAGAAACAACUUAUUCAGGAACAUGCCGUUUCCAAAAUGGAGCCCCCAUAUAAUGGAGACCCAGCUUUAAUUAUCAGGACACAUGCAUUUCUGGAGAGACAUGGUUUCAUAAACUACGGAAUCUAUGAGCGGCUUACGGCAAUACCAUCGCCCCCCAAAGGAAAGCAGAGGCCUAAAGUCAUCAUUAUUGGAGCAGGUGUUUCCGGUUUAGCGGCCGCUCGUCAGCUUCAGUCGUUUGGCUGUGAGGUAGUCAUACUGGAGGGCAGAGACCGGGUCGGCGGCCGCGUGGUCACGUACAGGAAGGGUCCUUAUGUUGCCGACUUGGGUGCCAUGGUUGUGACUGGAUUGGGCGGUAACCCAGUGACAACACUGUCAGUUCAGAUGAACAUGGAACUACAUAAGAUCAAGCAAAAGUGUCCACUCUACGAAGCUACUGGCAAUCAAGUUCCUAAACAUAAAGAUGAAAUGGUGGAGCGCGAGUUUAACAGGCUUCUUGAUGCUACGUCCUACCUCUCCCAUCAAGUAGACUUUAACUACUACAAUGACACGCCGGUCUCGCUAGGACAAGCUCUUGAGUGGGUCAUCAAACUGCAGCAAAAGAGCGUGAAACAUAAGCAGAUUCAACAACUGAAAGCGGUCAUCACUCUACAAGAAAAGCUUAAGGGUAACAUAAAUAAGAUGGCGGACAUUCAAGAGUUACUCAAGUCAAUGAAGAUCGAAAAGGAAGCUUUGCUUGUAGAAAAAACAAAACUGGCCGCUGGGGACGCUAGCAUCUUGCAAGAGUUCAACCUCCGCCGCCUCAACCGAGAGAUGAAGCAAUUGUGUAAUGAAUAUGACUCACUGGUUAAUCAAAACCAGAGUAUUGAAGAUAAGUUGACACAAAUCGAGACCAAUCCACCAAGCUCCGUGUACCUGUCGGUGCGAGACCGCCAGAUCCUGGACUGGCAUUUCGCGAACCUCGAGUUCGCGAACGCCACGCCGCUGGGCAACCUGUCGCUGAAACACUGGGACCAAGACGACGACUUCGAGUUCACCGGCAACCAUCUAACAGUGCGCAACGGUUACUCCUGUGUCCCGGUGGCUCUCUCCGAAGGUCUGGACAUCAGGCUGGGCACCGCAGUCACCGACAUCCAGUACGGCGGCCCCGGGGUCACCGUCAAGGCGGUCAACCCCCGCAACCAGAGCCAACCGCAAGUGUUCAAGGGUGAUGUGGUUCUUUGCACUUUGCCUCUCGGAGUCUUGAAAGUAGCUGUGGCGAACAGCGGGCAAAACCAACAAAACUUCGUUAAUUUUGAUCCUCCAUUACCGGAUUGGAAGGUGGCUGCUAUCAAGCGCUUGGGCUAUGGAAACCUGAACAAAGUAGUGCUAUGCUUCGAAAGAACAUUUUGGGACCCCAGCGCCAAUCUCUUUGGCCAUGUUGGCACUACGACAGCGAGCAGAGGCGAGCUGUUCCUCUUCUGGAACCUGUACAGCGCGCCGGUGCUGCUGGCGCUGGUUGCGGGGGAGGCGGCGGCCGUGAUGGAGAACGUGACGGAUGACGUCAUCGUCGGCCGCUGCAUCGCCGUGCUCAAGAGCAUCUUCGGUCACGCGGCCGUGCCGCAGCCCAAGGAAUGUGUGGUCACCAGAUGGCGGGCGGACCCGUACGCGCGGGGCUCGUACAGCUUUGUGGCGGUCGGUUCGUCGGGCACUGACUAUGAUUUGCUCGCUGCGCCGGUGCCUGGGGCCUCUCAGGGGGAAAAUAGGCUCUUCUUCGCAGGUGAACACACUAUGCGCAACUAUCCGGCUACGGUGCACGGCGCGUUUCUGUCCGGGCUGCGCGAGGCGGGCCGCCUAGCCGACCUCCUGCUACCGCAACCCCCCAUAACCAACGCGAGCGUAGCUGCUGCCACUGCCGCCGCCAAUCACUCCUGAUGCGUCUGAACUGAAGCCAUGACGUGCGUAGCUGAUCUCCUACAGCCAUCAGUCACCAACGCGAACGUGGCUGGUGAUACCGCCGCCGCAAAUGAUUCCUGAAAAAUAAAACAACACAGUGAGUUACAUCUUAUAAAAUGACAACUGGUGCGGGGGAAAAAUAUAUUUGUUUGCAGAUGAAAGACGAUAUUUCACUACGAACUAAUUAAUGACAACAUUUCGAACUAGUUGUCAUCAUUAGAAAAUUCAAGACAUUGUUUUAGUUUAGAAAGUAAAUUUAGUUUAAUUUUGUUUUGACUGUAAUGCUACCAGACGUACGUUUUGCUCUGUUAAGAAUCAUCUUAUUUAUUUGCAUUGUCUAAACUUACUUUAGGUUAUGUAAUUCUGGUAGUAUAGUAUUGAAACUGGAAGGGUACGAUGAUAUGUGUCAUCUCCAUAACCUAAAAAUCCCAAAUGUUGCAAAAUGGUAUUGAAUUGUCUAUCAUCAGUACCCUUCCAGUUUGAAAAAUAUUAUAACAAUAUUUGAUAAGUAGGUAUUAAGUUUUAGUAGUAUUAGGUAUGAGUUAUUCCUUAACACGUUUCCUAUCCGGUGCCCCCAAUGUGGUCAUGAAGCUUUUUUCAGUAGUCCGUGCUUCUACUAUGGGUUCACAACUUCAAAGUGGAAGCACACUUGGACGUGUGACUUUGUCAUAUCCAGGGACCGUUACCGGUAUAACUAAAAAUCAAAAUAUCUCAUAGCAUUGACAAUAUUUCUUUGAUAGUAUAGAAUAGUAUUUAGGUAAGUAUAAUGAUUGAGCAGAUUAGCUAAAUUAAGUGCAAAAAAUAUACAUAAACAACUAAGAUACCAAAAUUGAAUACUCGUACCGGUUAAUUUGUAUGAAAAAUAUACCGGUAUUCGGUCCCUGGUCAUAUCAUUUUGUAUUGGGAUAAUGAACGUGUUAAAAUGACAUCUUGGGCCAUGAUAGUUUACAAUUAGAUUAUAAUUAUUAUUCUCAUGAAUUGUGUAGUAAUGUAAGUAUUUUUGGUGUAUUUGGUUCUGUGCUGCCGUAUAUUAAAAUAUUCAGUUGUAGUUUAAUCUAGCAGAUACCUAGUAAUUAAAAAUAUAUUUAAUUAAUAUGGUGAUGACAAAACGCCGCCUUCAUCAGACUCUCUAGUGCAACUUUUCUUUAAUAGACCAUUAUUAAUACAAUUACAAAAUUAAUAAUAAGAUUUGCAACUAAAUAAUGAAUUGUAAUAAUUGUCUGCCCAGUAUGCCUUAGUAAAACACCAAUAGCUAAUUAAUGGUUUGUUCCAUAUUUUCUACACGUUGCAGCAAUAGUCGUUGUUUAUAUGUAAUAGUAACGAUUUUUUGAACCUCCUUAAUUGGCACGACCUGCUUAAAUAAAAACCUGGUUAAUUGACACAAAAUUGCCGGUCCCUUGAGAUUUCAAUUAUCCAGGUUUCACUGUAAUAGUACAUAGUGGGCACGCCAACGGAUGAUCAAAGGAAUGUGAUUGAGAACGGUUUUCGGAAUUGAAGCACUGAACACAUUGACCAUAUUCAACUAAAUGCUUUUAUAUAGGUACUUAAUCACGAAGUACCUAAUGCCAAAUCUAUUAAUUAAUCUAAUUAUUCGUCUCUUAAUCUGCUAAUGUUUCUGCUGAUAGCAGACCAAUUUAAUUCGAUAAUAAUAAUCCCGUUAGUGUUGUGCUGAUUUAUCAUUUAUCUUAAAACAAUUAUUUAUUAUGAUAUACGUAAAAUGGUUAAAUACUAAAUAGUGUCUUUUAAAAUAUUUAAUUUCAUUCCUUUGACGUAUGCAUAUCCGCGACCAUAAUGCCGGUGCUUAAAACUGCCGUUAAUACAUUAUGACAACCGCACUGCCUGUGGAAUUAACUAAAUAUUAAGUAGUUUUAAUUAUUAAAUAAGUGCUUUUCAUUUUACAUAUGCCGUGUCAUUAAAAGUGUACGUAUUUUUCAUAAUUUUCAUCAAUAAAAAAACUUUAAAAUAA